UGGCAGAUCCUCCUGUCGAAUACAUCUCUUUAUCAGGCACCACAUUCCACAGCAGCCGAUGACCACACCCACUGGCAGGACCACCAGUAGAGAGAUGACCACUGCAAUACCUGUAGCUAGUCCCACUGAGAGACCAUUAUUACACUCCUCUGAUCUGUUCAUGCUGGGUGCUGCAUUGGUGUGUGCUGACUUCAACAGUGAGAAACAAACUACACUGAGGAGGACUUACUGAGAGUUGGUGUUGAAUCAGAUGGUUGUGUUGGCUCUGUUGCAGUCACUGGAGGUGUGAAGGUCUGAAUGUGGGAAGAAGAGUUCCCAGAGUCUCCAUCAUCCACAAAGACCAGGAGACU